AUGUCCAGUGGGGGUAGGUUUAAUUUUGAUGAUGGAGGGUCCUACUGUGGAGGCUGGGAGGACGGCAAAGCGCACGGCCAUGGGAUCUGCACCGGCCCCAAGGGCCAAGGAGAAUACACCGGCUCCUGGAGUCAUGGCUUCGAGGUGCUGGGGGUCUACACCUGGCCCAGCGGCAACACGUACCAGGGCACCUGGGCGCAGGGCAAGCGUCAUGGCAUCGGCCUGGAGAGCAAGGGGAAGUGGCUGUACAAGGGAGAGUGGACUCACGGCUUUAAGGGGCGCUACGGGGUCCGGGAGUGUACCGGCAACGGGGCGAAGUACGAAGGCACCUGGAGCAAUGGAUUACAGGACGGCUAUGGGACGGAGACCUACUCGGAUGGAGGGACUUACCAGGGUCAAUGGGUUGGUGGAAUGCGCCAAGGCUAUGGCGUCCGGCAGAGUGUCCCGUACGGCAUGGCUGCGGUCAUCAGGUCACCCCUGAGGACAUCCAUCAACUCGCUGAGGAGUGAGCACACCAAUGGCACAGCACUGCAUCCAGAUGCCUCACCUGCUGUGGCUGGCAGCCCUGCGGUGUCCCGGGGGGGCUUCGUCCUUGUAGCUCAUAGUGAUGCCGAGGUCCUCAAGAGCAAGAAAAAGGGGCUUUUCCGGCGGUCCCUACUGAGUGGCUUGAAGCUGCGGAAGUCAGAAUCCAAGAGCAGCCUGGCCAGCCAGAGGAGCAAGCAGAGUUCUUUCCGAAGUGAGGCUGGGAUGAGUACGGUCAGCUCCACUGCCAGUGACAUCAACUCCACCAUCAGCCUGGGGGAGGGGGAGGCGGAGCUGUCUGUCAUUGAGGAUGACAUCGAUGCCACAACAACUGAGACCUACGUGGGCGAAUGGAAGAAUGACAAACGGUCUGGCUUUGGGCUGAGCCAGCGCUCGGAUGGACUCAAGUACGAGGGGGAGUGGGCCAACAAUAAAAGGCACGGCUAUGGCUGUAUGACUUUCCCGGAUGGCACAAAGGAGGAAGGGAAAUACAAGCAGAAUAUUCUGGUGAGUGGAAAGCGCAAGAACCUGAUUCCACUGAGGGCCAGCAAGAUCCGGGAGAAGGUCGACCGAGCUGUCGAGGCGGCGGAACGAGCAGCCACCAUCGCCAAGCAGAAAGCGGAGAUCGCGGCUUCCAGGACCUCCCACUCCCGGGCCAAGGCGGAGGCAGCCCUCACUGCAGCUCAGAAAGCCCAAGAAGAAGCCCGGAUGGCCAGGAUCACUGCCAAAGACUUCUCGCCUUCCUUCCAGCACAGGGAAAAUGGACUUGAAUGCCAGAGGCCAAAGCGUCAGAAUUCAAGCGACGAUAUCGAGGUGAUCUCCACAGGGACCCCAUUGCAACAGGAGAGCCCUGAGCUGUACCGGAAAGGCACAACCCCUUCCGACCUCACCCCUGAUGACAGCCCCCUCCAGAGCUUCCCUGCCAGCCCCUCCAUCACGCCACCGCCAGUCCCCGCCUGCCGAAACAAGAGUGCCCACUUCUCCCGGCAGAUCUCUGUGGAUGAAGAGCGAGGCGGGGAGAUCCAGAUGCUGCUGGAGGGCCGGGGUGGGGACUACCUAAGGCCCAACAGCUGGAGCGAGGAGAAGGUAGGGGGGUCGAGAGGGGUGCGGAGCGGUGCCCUGCGGAGCUGCCAGCCAGGGGAUGACUACCGCGGCCGCAGCUCAGGUCACAAACACCCGUCAUCGUCGUCGGGGAACCACAAGCCCCGGGAGAGGUGGGCGGAUUCCCCCACCCCGUUCUCAUGGACUUCCCACCACCGAUCCAACAACCACAGCUCAGGGAAUCCCAAGCUGCUGGAGUUGGACGAGAAGCUAAGCAACUAUGAGAUGGAGAUGAAGCCCCUCAUGAGGAUGGAUUCUUAUAUGCAAGAGGUGCACACCCAAAAAAGACACUACAGCAAAGCCGGGGCCUGCCGGAGCUUGGUGGAGGAUCACCGCUCCGAUGACCGGGCCUUCGGGGUGCAGAGACUGAGGUCCAAGUCCCAGAAUAAGGAGAAUUUCAGGCCGUCGUCUUCUGCUGAACCCACAGUGCAAAAACUGGAAAAUCUAAGGCUCGGAGACAAAGCCGAGCCCCGGCUACUGAGAUGGGACUUGACCUUCUCCCCACCCCAGAAAUCCUUACCUGUUGCACUAGAAUCUGAUGAGGAAAAUGGCAAUGAGCUUAAGUCCAGUACGGGCUCAGCUCCUAUUCUGGUAGUCAUGGUGAUCUUGCUAAACAUUGGAGUCGCCAUUUUGUUUAUUAACUUUUUCAUCUAAUGAGAUUGUCCUAGCAAAAGUAACAGUUCUACAUACAGAUGGGGGAAAGGAGAGGAAAACAAAACACAAAACUAAACAAAAAAGGGAACGAGCAUAACUCUGACUGUCCAACAACAACUUCCAAGUCUUUUCACAGAAGAACAACAUGAUUGGGUAUCACUCACAGUUUGCCUUUUUUUCUGGGUAAUGUUUUUUGGAUUUUAGCCAAAAUUCUUUGCUUGUAUAACACUAUGCUGUGUGACAUGGCAGAAGGUGGCCGACACACCAGCCCUCCCAGCUAGACACGGAAAGAGAAGAGAAGGGAUCUCGGGAAAUCAACAGCAAAAAUCAAAUCACCUUUGUCAUCACCGUCACCCUCACGACAAGGAGGACAAGCUGCUGCCAGUAGGCAGAGGAAGGACACGGCGGCCAAAGAGCGAAGUCCCGGAGGAGCGUCUCAUUUUUGAGCUGGGUCAAGCAAGGAGAAGGAAGCAGCUGUCUUUAAGACACCAGCAUCAGGGUUGGGAGGUGGAAAGAAAGGUAGUUAAUACUUUCUUUUCACUCUCAGGUCUGAGAUAUCCUGGUGACGAGCAUUCAUGGGUAUAGAGUGGAGGGAAUAGAAGCUGUCUUUUCCCAAUGGGUAGGGAAACUAGCCCUUUUUAUUGUCUUCAAAUGGGCAUAUACAUAUGUUAAGGGGUGGGGGGAGAAAUGUCUUCCCCUUUUCUACCCAUCUAAAUUAAUUAAUCUUACCAUUUUCCAACACUGCCCCAUUGGCUUUCCUUGAAAAGGCCAAAUCCCUGACCCCCAACUCAUAGCCUAGGUUUUAACCAAACAUGGGUGUGUACAGACACAUCUGCACCAGUGGUUCAUUUUUGUAUUUGGCAUCAGAGUCCCUAGCCCAAGUGUUUUCCCUUGCCUCCUUGUCACCCACACACCAGCUCCUAAGGGAAACCAUGCUACCGGAGGUCCGGGAGUUGGAUUCAGGUCGAGACUGGAGUGUCUAGAUGGGAAACCAGGGCAAUUAUUCAGAAGAGGAAUGAAUGCAGUCAAUGUGUCUGGUACAUCUUGCCAUGGACAGAUUCCGACAUCAUGCUUGGGCUCAGAGCAUGUGGUAUUUUUGCACUUUGUAUGCAGGAUGUAUAUUCAGGCUUCCAACAUGUCCCUUGUACGCCACCAUUGGUAAUGACAGCCCCUUAAGGAUGUAUUGUUUCCUAUGAUAUAUGUCACUUAAGUUCAUUGGUUUUACCAUCUUUGUAAUAAUGCCUGCCUUGAUUUCCCCACUGGUAGAUAUGCAUAGUCAUUAAAGAUGCACUAUCCCUGUUCUGAAGCUGUUCAGUUCCCAAUAACAGGAUCAUAUUUUAAAAUUCAGUGGCUAAAAAAAAAAAUUCCCAAGUUCGUUAAAAAAAAAAUCUCUACCUCCCUCCCUCAACCUCCCCACAAAAACCAGUGCAAAAACAUACAACCCAAGUGUUGUUUCAGUCAGACCAGGAGGUGCAGUGUGUUUCUGCCUACUCUGCCAGCGUGGCUUCAUGAUCUGACCCAAAUCAUAAGCUAGACCGCCAUGUUUGACUGUCCCUCUCUGAUCAGUAGUCACUAGAGAUAACACCUUGACAUGCCUGUGCGUGUAUGUACGUGUCUAUAUCGAGUGUGGACAGAUCCAUAGACAAACACCUCAGUUCCACAUUGGGGAAAUCCCUUUGAAAGAGGAUCCCACAUACAACGUUGUUGGGUACGGCCCAGACUUCCGCACUCUGCUUUGCUUCUCGUUAGCUGUUUUUCUGCUCUGUUUGAAGCAGAUUUCUUUAUUACACCGCACUGGAUUGCUAUAUUUUUAACCAGAAAUAAACUAAAGAUUAGAGCAUGUUCCAUUGAAGUUUAGUUCUUUUCCUUACACACUCACACACACACACACACACUCUCACACUCACACACCAUACUUCUCACAGUUUUGUUUAGUUCAAGGGUCUUUUUUGGGGGAGAGGGUGGGAGGGGACAUAGGAGGAGAGAGCAUCAGUAAUACAAAUACAUUUCUGACAAUUUGCUUUCUAAAGGGAUAUUACAUCUUUUGUACAUCUUAAUUUUCUGUUCCUCUUUUUUAAUAUUGAGUGGUUGCUGCAGAACCUAAAGUGAACCAAAUAAAGAUUCUUGUUAACUUGCA